AUGUCUGACCAAGUUGAUGCGCCGACGCAACUUGGUGCUGGCGACUCGCCAGAUACCACAGCACCCACCAAGCCAUCACUCAGGGUCUUGGAACCAGCUUCAUUGGGUCGCUCUACCCGGGAGGAAGACCUAGCCAAUGGCCCCUUACUAUUGGCCUUGGGUGAUGGCCAUGAAGAUCCUAUCGUUUCACACCCAGAAUUGUAUCUGACCGCUCAAUAUUCUGAUCACCAUCGACCAGAAGAGAGUGUACUCCCUUCUAUACCGCUGAGACUACCGGAAGCAUUGGAUGCCGGGCCUAUGACUUUGUCGACCAUGUCGCAGUCAGGACCGUCGUUGUCUAUACCAACUGAAAGCAUCUCGGGUACAAGUCACCCACCCUGUUCGCCAACUGAAGAUAUUUUGGACACAAACCAGCCACUACUUUUGCCAACUGAAGAUAUCUUGAGGGCAAAUCGGUCGCUCCCUCUUCCAGCUUCCCAAGCCUUGAUUCAUAUCAAAUCGCUUCUCGCGGAGCUGAAUGAAAGACUAGCCAUCCGUGACAGAGACUUUUCCCCGUUUUCACAAUCCUGCCAAUUUUCAUGGCGAGAUUCUAGCCUCUUCUUCGGUGGAGAGCCAUUUGAGGUGAACAGAACACCCGAUGAUGCACUCUCCAUGGUCAAUGCAGGGUCACAAUAUACCUCGUCACAGUCGUGCAGCUCAUCAAUCAGCACCCGCAGCUCUUUGGACACAAUGGGCAGUGAUGCCAUCGCAGAGCCUUCCGAUCCAAAUCGAGUGAUUGCUAUGCACAGUUACGCAGAUUGGGUCGUGGAACUGCUCAUCGAUGAUCUUUACAGGUCAUGUGCGCCACAAGCCUCAAACAGACGGACCACCGGAGCAUCAAAUAAGGUCACUGAAGGUGCCUCGAACAACGGGGAAGGCGAAAAGAGGGGGCUCAAUAAAAAGGCUAGUGAAAAGAAGUCCGGCAAACGCAGAGCACUAGGCGGUGAUGGAGAAAGUGAAGAUGAAGGUUCUCAGGACAAGAAGAGAAAGAUAUCUGAUACCGGUAAAGACAAGAAGCGUUGGGCUUGUCCAUUUGUCAAGUGGAAGCCAAAGAAGUACACCUGCAACAUCAGCCCUACACAAAUUAGGGGGAUAAGAGACCACAUCAAAAAGGUCCAUUGGAAGGAACACUGCGAUAGGUGUUGGUCCUACUACUCAACGAGUGAGGAGGAAGUGGCACAUCAAAUAUGCCAAAAUCUUUCCCCCUCUGACCCUCCCCCCGGGCUUAUUACGAAGGAAAAGCUUGAGAUCUUGUUCCAACGCGCAAGCAGCAGUCUGACCCACGAGGAACAAUGGUUCGGGUUCUACAGAGUUCUCUUCCCCGGAGAACAGCUCGGUUUCAGCCCUUACGUCAAUAAGGCGGCGAGUGAUUUUAUGGACAGGGCGGAAGUUCGCUUUCGCAGCCCAAGAUCUCGGGAGAUCCUCGAAGAAAUAGGCUCAGCAUCUGGGCUCAACGGGGCCGAGUGCAAACAAUUUGUUGACAUGGUAUGGGACGAGUAUCUUCGACGAAUGUUUCAAGAGCACGACCUCAACAAUGAGCGAUUCUGUAAAGCGAUCUCGCAUGACCAGCAAGUCGUCGAUAACGACCAGCUUAGCCAGAUCGACGUUGCUGGCACGAGCAAAGCGAUCACAGAGCGCGAACCUCAGUACCAGGCAUCUCCACUAUCUCUUGGAGAAACAUCUAUCCCCCACCAGUUUCCUGAGCUCAAGCUUGAAGACUCCCCCAUGUUUGACCUACAAACUCCUGCGGGUGAGAUAAUUCUUGGGGACGAUACUUUCAGCGAUUUGCUUAACUUGGCUGGAUUUGAGGAUCCUCUAGAUGGUGUCGAUUCGCGAGAAUUGGAGGGCUGUUCUCAGGAAAUGCUGGGAGGUAUUCUUCCUGAUACUUUUGAUAACGCUUUAGACGGAAACCUUGAUACGGAUGAAAACUACUUGGGCUUUACUGCUGGUAUAGAUAAUUGGAGCGGAAUUGAGUUGCUGUCUGAGCAAUCAUGA